GAGUGCAUUUCAGCAGGCAUCAGCACAGCCAUGCUACCUCCUGCCGACACUUUCACCUGGGCGCCCCCCAGGCGCCCCUCUCGGCAGAGUUCCCUCUUGGACACGCCAGCCAGCCCCCGCAGUCGGGCCUCGCCGCCCACCUGCCCCACGCGCACCACCUGACCCUCGCCACCCUGCCCGCACCCCCACAGUUUCAGGACGUGUCGGGGCCUUCAUUCCUACCUCAGGCCUUACACCAGCAAUACCUCAUCCAGCAGCAGCUCCUUGAAGCACAGCACCGCCGGAUUCUGCCACACCCCAGAAGACCCCAGGAGCGUAUUCCCCUGAACUCCCACCGACUGCGUUCAGGUUUUGAGUACUCCACUCCCCUCCAUGUCUCUCAGCCAAUGACACAGCAGCCGAGGUACCUGGCUGAAGGCACCGACUGGGAUCUCAGUGUAGACGCAGGCCUCCCUCAUCAGUACCAGCUCCAGCAGCUUCCGCAGCACUAUCAGCACUACCUGACCUCCCCACGACUGCACCACUUCCCCAGGAACACGUCAUCUGCCCAAGUGGUGGUGCAUGAAAUCAGAAAUUAUCCAUAUCCUCAGCUGCACUUGUUGGCACUGCAAAGUUUGAAUCCUGUGAGGCACGUAACUGCUGUACGCGAGAGUUAUGAGGAGCUGUUGCAGCUCGAGGACCGACUGGGGAGUGUCAGCAGAGGAGCUAUCCAGACAACUAUAGAGAGAUUCACCUUUCCACACAAAUACAAGAAGAGAAAGCCACUGCAGCUAAAGAUUGGGGAAGAUGAGGAAGAGACAGAUGUGGAUGAGAAGUGCACCAUCUGUUUGUCCAUGCUGGAGGAUGGAGAAGACGUCAGGAGACUGCCCUGCAUGCAUCUCUUCCACCAGGGCUGUGUUGACCAAUGGCUGGCCACGAGCAGGAAGUGUCCAAUCUGUCGAGUUGACAUCGAAACGCAGCUGAACCCUGACAGCUGAUGAGAUUCGGCUCCAUGUGAUUCGCUUUUUAUUUGUUCUUUCUCUCUUCCAUCCCGGCUUGCCGGCCCUCCCUCUCCCCUCCCUGCCACAUCGCCCUCCCCUGGUGGGUGCAUUGCCAAAUGUCUUCAGACUUCAUGUGGCGUCACAACCCUUCUGACUAACGCUUUAUUGAGCCAAGCCAGGACUGCACGAGAGGCCUCAGAGGACUCUCUUUAUAUAGAAGCACAUCCCUCGGGAAGCAAAUGACACGCAAACACACACAUGUACUCAUGUACACAGGGUUUACUUGUAGCUUGCUGGUUGUAUGUGGGGUGUUGUUGCAGUUGUGGUAUUGUACUGUAGGUAACCACAGGCUUGUGUAGCAUGUCCUCAAAGCCAUGACUUUAAGUCCUAAGAGUGGAAGACGUAUAACUCCACAAAAAGCUGGCUACUUUUCUCUCUUUCCUCUCUUUCUAUAUAUAAUAUAUAUAUACACAAUUCAAGUCAUGGUCAUAAGUCUAAAUGAAUAUUCUGCAACAAAAUCAAGUUAAACAGACACUAAAUGCUCUGAUGCCAUGUUUACCUAAAAGAUCAUUGUGGUCGUAGUAGAGUAGCAGUAACCAAUAAGUGAUAUCUGGUGCAUUGUUGCCUUUUUUGGGGGCCAAGUGCCAGUUAGCUGAGUGUUUUGAUCCUAUCAUACAGCUUUGACAUUUUGCAAUACACUUGUAGUUUUACAUUGGGUUGUGAGUAGGUCUCUUUCACUGCCAUUGAACCCAAUGACUGAGUGGCUUGUGUUUAAACGUUUGGACACUAGAUAGAAAGUUUGUUACCAAAAUGCAUUAAUUGCGGCGCAGCUUGAAUCUGCAUACAGGAUUUGUGUGUGAAUGUGUGUGUGUGUGACUAAAAGAAUGUGUCUAACAAACAUGUGGAUGUGGAGCAAAUUGAAUGAGUUCAAGGCAAAGCCUAGACUUAAAGUCAAUGAAGGUUAAAGGGAUAGUCUGGUCAUUUUUGUCACAGAGCAUGGAGUAUAGAGAAAAGGACAGAAGUCCUGCUCAGGCUAGGCUAAUGGCUAGCUAAACAUGAGCUUUUUUAUCAUUUCAAUGAAAUGAAACUUUUUUCAAAAAUGCCAUCCUUGUGUGAAAAAAUUCUGCAUUAGUUAAACCACUACAUCAGGGGUAUCAAAUUCAUUUUCUCUGAGGGGCCACAUGAGCAUUAUGGUGGUCCUCAAAGGGCCAGUUGUAAUUGACUUCGAAGUUUCUUGUUUAAUUUAGACUAAACACAAAACGUCCCAUUCCCUGUCUCUUUGGUCCAGCUGAGCACUGCUAACAAACAGUGCUCUAUGUGGUGUUAUGUGCACUGAAACAGGAUUUUAACUUGUCCUCUGACUAAUGGUGGAAUACAUAAUAAAAAAUACCACUAAAAGUAAAAGCAAGAGAAUUUUACUCACUGUUGAGUUGUGGUAAGUUGC